GUGGCUCGACCUGAGGCGGGCAGAGGGGAGUGCCCGCUGGGUGUAUAGGAGCAGUCUGACGUCUUGUAAGUGUGAAUGACUUGGGGAGAGAGAAAAAAAAAAAAAACACUGACAACAGCUCAGCAGGCGAGACGAUCGCGAAAAACUGAGGAACAUUUUUAUUUUGGAACUUCUUCCCGCUUCCUUCCUCCACCUGUAGCCUAUGACUGCGUGAAGACCAAAGUGACUCAGUUAUGGAGAGCUCCUUUGAGAUUUCCCAGACUGGUGGCACCUCAAACCCCAAGCCAUCUCUGGCCCCCAAACCUCGGCUCACUCCCAAGCCCUUCUCUCUGCAGAAGAACACCACCAUUCGCUCCAUCCAUGCCCCAAAGAGGGUGGCUGUAACCUCUAAGACAACAACACAGCAGACUGGAAAAUCGGAGGCCUCAGGUGUCCCCAAACCGUCUGUCUCCACCCCCGCUCAGAAACUCCCUCAACAAACCACCACCUCGGAUUCCAAACCCAGCUCUGUAAGUGUGCUCACCAAAGAUAAACCGAAACCAACCAAAGAAAGCAAAGCAAGUCCAUAUGGAGAGGAUACUCUUGAUUCUAGUGUAGGAAAAUCAGAUCCAGCCUCACGAACCGCUCCACCCAAAGAGACACCCAAGUCUGAGCCAAUCCAGAGAGAUGAUGUCAUCCAAGCAAACCACAAAGCAUCCACUGAUAUUGUAAACUCAGAACAGAUAGACGGAAAAAAGACAGAAGACAUAACUCAGACGUCUAUGGUCCAAACUGUUGAAGAAUCAGGUAGUGACGUUUCCUCUACAGACAAUCCAGCAUAUCGAUGGGGCAACAGCAGGAAGCGUCUGUCCAUGAAGCUCACAUCGAAGUUUGAGUCAGCUGGCUCUCUACCCCCCCAGCCAAGUGUAACUGUCUCUACAACCAGCACCAAAGAUGAUGCACACAAGCCAGAGUCUUCAGAUCCAGAGCCAAACCAGACAACAUCAGAGCCGUCAAACGAUGAAGGUGCACUAAAAGAGGAUUACAGGGGAGGAGGCAGUAUAAAACGCAGAAUCAGUCUCCUGUUUGACUCGUCAUCUAGGCCAGAGGCCAUGACAAAGAGAGAGGAGCCAGAAAUUAUAAAUGGUACAGGCGUUGUAAAGGGUGUAAAGGAGAGAAUCAAAACCUGGGCCACGGAAACGAUCCCUGAGGGUCCAAAGACUGAAAAGAAGCCUCAGGUUGCACCCCGAACUCGCUCUAAAAGCCAGGAGCCACCAACUGCUCCAACAGGAGAGAAAACAACCAAAAUUCCGCCUGUUGAACCUCAAUCAACCGAGACAUCGGCCAGUCAGGCGGUGGAUCUUCCUUCAAAGGUGUCACCUGCUGAACAACCCACAGAGACCCCGAUGGAAACCUCUAAAGAGGCGCUCGCUGAAGUUAAGCCAUCGGAAAACUUAAGAGAAACGUUAGGAGAGCCUCUGCAGAACAAAUCAACAGAGGGGGGUGUCCAACUACGCAAUCACAGCUCAUUUACGACCCCCGCUGCCACUGAUGAGGGAGACUCAGCUGCAAGUGAAAGUGCUCAACUUGCUCCAAAGAGGAACGAUGUCAAACGCCGCUCUGUUCGCUUUGGUAUCGUAGAGAGAGAUGAUGGUGGGCCUCCAUUGAUCCUGGGCUCAGCGUCUGAUUCCAGCGAAGAAGAAGAAGAAGAAGAGGCUUCUGGGGAUGAAGCUGAGGAAGACAUCCCUGUUCCAGUGCCUGUCUACAAAAGAGUAGGAGGUCUUCAAAAGAAGGAUGCUGAUGAAGUGCAAGAGCAAGAAAAGGAACGACUGAAACAUUUGGAAUUUGAGAAAAGACGGAGAGCAAAAGAGAACGAACAGGCAGGACUCAAGUUGGAAGAGGAGCGGAAACAAAAAGAAGAGGAAAGGGAGAAAGAAAAGGCAAGGCAGAGGGAAGAGGAGGAAAGGGAGAGAGAGAGGCUGAAGGAAGAGGAAAUGGAGAGACAGAGGGUGGAGGAAUGGGAGCGAGAAAUGUUGAAAGAAGAGGAGAGGGAAAGGAAAAGGCUGAGAGAAGAAGAGAUGGAGAGGGAAAGGCAGAUGGAGUUGAUGUGGCAGAGACAGAGAGAAGAGGAAAGAGAGAAGGCGACACAGAAAGAGGAGAGACUUAAACAAGAUCAGGAGGAGAGGGAAAAAGAGAGAAUGAAGGAGGAGGUGAGGAAAGAGGAGAAACUAAGGGAGGAAAGAGAACGACAAAGGCCUAGAGAGGAGGAGGAGAGAUUGAUUCACAGCCACGAGGAAUACAGAUUGGAGGGAAAACUGAGAGAGAAGGAAAUUUAUAAAAAGAAACAAAGAGAGGAGGAGUGGGAAAAAGAGUGGGUGAACAAGACGGAGAGGCAGAGAGGAGAAGAAGGAGAGAGGGAAAGAGAGAAAGAGUUGGAGUUGAUGUGGCAGAGACAGAAAGAGGAGGACAGGGAGAGAGGCGAACAGAAAGAAGAGAGACUCAGACAAGAGGAGAGGGAGAAAGAAAGAUUAAGAAUGGAGGAAAGAGAAAAGGAGAGGCAAAGGAUGCUGAAAGAGCAGCAAAAAAAAGAAGAAGAGUUGGAGAGAAUGAGGCAAAUAGAGAUGGAGAGACAAAGAGAGGAAGGAAGAAGGGAAGAGGAAAGAAAGAGACAGAUAGAGAAAGAAAGAGCGGAGGAGCUGGAGAGAAAAAUGCGAGAGGAAUUGGACAGAAAGCGAGCACAACUGGAAGAAGAGCUACGAUUGGAGGACGAGAGAAAGAGGGAAGAACGAGAGAGUGCGGGGCCAAAUUUAAUCAGCUUUGACUCUGAAGAUGUGCCUCGAAAGUCAGAAUGGCCGUAUUCCCCCUUAGUGAAAGCCUACGAGACGGGCGAGAGUCAGGUCGAAGUUGUUUACGAUGACUUCUCUGUCAAACCGCCUCUGUUGAAGGUGGAUUUUGACGACUUUUCAGUCAAACCAAAGAGAUGGGGCUCGCAGGCUAAAGUGGAAACUAGUCCGCUCAUCCAGAGUCGGCCAGCUGUCCCUGCGGAUAAAGAGGAAGUUGAAGUGGUGGCACCCCUGGAGGUCAGUCCUCUGGAAAGUAAAGUGCCAGAGCAGGUGGAAAAACCAGGCAGCCCAAAACCUACAUUAGCCCAGAAAAGACCAGAGGAAGAACAGCUCAUCUCCAUGGAGGUGGGGGAGAAGGGGGAGGAGGAGGAGGAGGAUGAGGAGGAGGAGACGCGGAGGGAGGAAGAGGAGGAGACAAUGGAAGAUGAAGUGGACGAAGGAGACGAGCAGGAGAGUUCCCAUAGUGACCCUAGUGCCUCUACGACCAGCUGUGUGAGCCUUUCAACCAUGCAGUACUUCGGAGGGAAACUGUCGGCCGCCCAGCUGCAGGUGGCGGGCUGGGUCGGCAGCGUGCGACGUUCCUUGCAAGGGGCUCUGGAGCUGGUGUGGGGCACCGCAGAAGAGAAGCAGCAGCAGGAGGAGGAAGAGGAGGAUAAAGAGGAGGAAGAAGAAGGUGAAGACGGAACAGGAAGGUUUCAGAGAGCUAUGUCACCGCUUCGUAGCUUCGCCAGACGUAGCAGGAGAUCCCUGCGUCGCUUCUCCGUCAGAAGUCGGCAGACUCUGCAGAGGAGAGCCACUGCAACCUGCUCUGCACCAGUUAACAGCACAAACGAUGAAGACACUGAUGCAUUGAUAGACAAUGAGCCAGACCAGCAGAAUGAGGCUUGUGAACAGACAUCUGAAAUUGACAGCCCAAAGCCCGUCCCUGACCAGGUUCCUGAAGUCCCCUCUGAAGACGUUGAUACCAUUGAUUUUUACAGAGAGCCUGAGCUGGCUCCAUUUCCGGAGAGCUCCACUCCUCUCCUCGACACCAGCGUGCAGAAAUCGAAGGCAGAUCUGGGUAGGAGGCGAACUCGAACGCGUCAGUCACGCUCGCUCCAUGGAGGUUUGGCUCCAAAGGAAAGCCCAGACUGGAGGACCUGUGACUCCACAGAUGAAAAAGAGACAUCUUCUAAGCAAAGGGAGUCAGACUCUGACGAGGAGCAGCCUAAACCGAAGAUGGUCUGUUCUCCUCCUCCCACCUCUCAGAGAGUCCCCAUGUUCCCUGGAUUGAGCCCUGCAGCCUUGAUUGCUCAGUUAAAAAAGAGAACAGGUGGAGGUGAAACCAGAGGAAGAGAGGAAAUAGAAGAAGACAAGGGAAGAGAAGAGAAGGAAAGUCAAAAUGAGGAAGCGGCACCAUCUCCCUCACAACGGUCCCGCUCUACUCGCUCUGCCGCUCAUCUGGCAGGGGCUGCACGAGUGCUGCCACCCUUAGGCGGCACGGACGCAGGUGCCGUCUCCUCUCCCGCUUGGCUGAAAGAACUGAAGUCUAAGAAGCGCCUGAGUCAGUAUGACAGCGAGGCUUAGCCAGACGCAGGAGACACGGUGCCAUUGCUGUUCAGCAAGAAUCAAUCCAUCUCAGCUGCUGCUGCUGACGGCAGACACCUUGCCACAAUUGCUCCAUUUUCCACUUUGAGUGCCUUAUUUUGGACUUUUACUGAUAUAUUCAGGGGGGGUUAUUCAUGGCUUUUGCUGAACGUAGAGGCCAUCAGGAACUUUUCUAGUUUGUAAAUGAAAUAUGGUGCCAAGGCUAUGUGCCAAGACUGUGAUGUGUUAAUGCCAAGUACAUGUUUUUCUACUGCUGUACAGAGGCUCAGUUGAGGGGGAAUACCCCCAAUGUAAUUUAGAGCAAAGCCAUGGACUGUCUUAUUGUUUGAAUGUGUUAGUCCAUCAUAUACUGACAGGGACUGAUGACACUAGGCCUUCACACAUACACACAAACACACAUAUGUACAUACAAUACUGAAUAUAAAUAAUGGAUUGCAUCUUGUGUGUAUUUGUAGUAUAAAUUGUACAAAAUGCCUUUUACAUUAUCUUUCCAAUCACAGAUUGUCUCAAGUAAACCUAUAAGCACUUUAAGAAAAAUUAUAACAAAUUACUAUCCAUACAGUACAUGUAUGCAAUAGAAUAGUCAAGUACCUAACUUAGUAACAUGGUCAAGGGAAUUUAAAAAAAAAAGUUUGUUACACUAUGAAUGUCUGUCUUCUCUUUCCAGUUCCACAAAACGUAAAGAUGCACUUCCUGGUUUUUAUUUAAACGCCCAGUACCUGGGGAGAACCAUGGAUGUAUUAAGAGAACGGGUCAGAACAUCACCAGUGAGCUGGGAGGAAAUUUUGAGCAUGCUAUAACACAAUCAGGAAGUGUGUUUUGUAAAAUUUUAAACCCAGAAAAAUGCAAUAAUCUGCUUUGAAUGCUUUUAUGUGCCUUUUUAAUGUUGAAGAGUGACUGUCAUCAUCAAUGCUGUAAUCAUUUAUGAUAUCAAGUAUGAUAAGAGGAAAUUGAGGGAAUUUUAUUAAAACCUUUUCUAUGAAAUGCAA